CACCAGAGUGGAGCAGACGUCAAUUGUCGCCACUUGAUCGACACAACCUCGCUGAACCACUCCUGCCGAGCCGCUCAGUAACGUCACCUUGUCUGCCUGCAGCAAAUUUCCACUCGCAGCUUCAUUUUUCACACACUGCAAAUGAGGGAGAAUCGGAAGAAGCAAAUGGGACAAGUCCGUGGAAAAUGGAUUUCAACCAGAGGAUUGAGGCAAGCGAAGAUGGAGAAAAGGUUCACCUCUAUGCAACUGUAAUAAUUCCCCCCGCCGGGCCCGGGUCCUCGGGGGUGUCCACGGUGAGCGGCGAGACGAGGGCCUCCGCGGGCGGCGACGAGGGGGCAGCCCUCCAGGUGCAGGGCUACCGCCCGGUGGCCGGCCUCGGCUACUACAAGUUCCACGCCCUGCCCCUCACCUGGUACGGCGCGCUCAAGACGUGCUACACGGAGGCCGCGCAGCUGGCGGUCAUCGGCUCCGAGGCGGAGGCGGCCGCCCUGCGCCGGUUGUUCCAGGAGCACCCCUCCGUGCCCGGCGCCCACUACGACUACGCCGCCUUCAUGGGCGCCAGCGACCUGGAGCACGAGGGCGUCUACGUCACUGUGGACGACGUGCCACUCCAGGAUGCGGGCUACCUGCGCUGGCAGGACGGCCAACCCAACAACUACGGCCGCGGCGACUCCCCCGGCCAGGACUGCAUCGCCAUGACCCGGCAGGCGGAGUACUUCGAUGUCGAGUGCUACAUCAAGCUGCCCUUCAUCUGCGAGAGACGUCUGGACGGCUGACGCUCGCCUCGAGUUCACAGCUGGCUCGGCCCAGCCUCCACUUGAUUCAACGCAUCACUGAAGCAACAAUCAUUGAGCAUUAAACCACACACUUUGAAAAUUACUGUUUUCAUUUGUUUUGAUUGAUUUCCCAAUAAACCUUCAAUUACACGUU